ACCAAAGCCCCGCCCCAUCCGUGCCGCUGACAGCGCCCGCGCCCAAUCGGCACGCUCGGCCCUGAGCCCGGGCCAAUCGGAACUCUGGCUCCGCCCCAUCGCUGCGCUCUCCAAUCUGCGCAAGGCACCUCCCCUGCCACCCUGCGGUCAGUCACCAAUCGGCAGUGAGGGCCAGCACAGGAACGCCCCGCCCCUCUUGGCAAUUGAGACUCUGGAUUGGUCAAUUAGCCUGUGACGUAACUCUGCUUCCUCUCUGAUUGGCGUAUCCCUCGCGGGGCUCCUGGCGCUCAUUGGAAGAGGAGGCUGCGAGGGGCGGGCCAGCACGAAUGGUGGAUCGCGCGCGCGAGGGUCUGGAGGAGGCGGCGCAGCCCAGCCCCUGUCCAGGACUCGUGGGGUGAGAGGUUCCCCAUGGAAACGCGUUCAAGGGAAAUUAAGGCGGAGGAUACAAAAGACACUUCACUUGAGGUUUCCGUUACCAGAUGGCGGCUCCGACAGGUGUUGCCGUAGCCUUGCCCUGUGGGGUCCCUGCCGAGUGCUGUCUCCAACCCGGGGGCUGGCUGACCUGUCGCGAAGGGCCGCUAGGCGGUCUGAUGGACGCCAGCGCGUAGAAUCUGCGUCCCUGGGAAAUUGUUCGUCUUUGUGGUCAGCGCCCUGAAGACAUGGAUUUGGAUCAGUUGGACCUGAAUCCCAGAAUUAUCGCCGCAGCGAAGAAAGCCAAACUGAAAUCCACGCAGGAGGUUUUGCACUUUUCUGGACCAGACCUGCAGCGGCUGACCGGCCUCUCGGGCCCCGACGUGCAGCACCUGCUGAGGACGGUCUGCUCGCACCUGCGGGGGGGCAGCCUCUGCACAGCCCUGGACCUGCACCGGCAGAAGGGGCGCUUCCCCGAGCAGCACCAGCGCCUGAGCCUGGGCUGCCCGGUGCUGGACGGGCUGCUCCGCGGCGGCCUGCCCCUGGGCGGCAUCACCGAGCUGGCCGGCCGCAGCUCGGUGGGGAAGACCCAGCUGGCGCUGCAGCUCUGCCUGGCCGUGCAGCUCCCGCGGCGGCUGGGAGGCCUGGAGGCGGGGGCCGUGUACGUGUGCACGGAGGACGCGUUCCCUGACAGGCGCCUGCAGCAGCUCAUCGCGCAGCAGCGGCGUCUGCGGACAGAUGCUCCCGGCGACGUGGUGGAGAAGAUAAACUUUGGCGACCACAUCUUCAUCGAGCACGUCGCCGACGUGGACGCGCUGCUGGAGUGUGUGCGGAGGAAGGUGCCCCUGCUGCUGUCGCGGGGGAUGGUGCGCCUGGUGGUCAUCGACUCGGUGGCGGCCCCGUUCCGCUGCGAGUUCGACGGGCCGGCCUCGGCCUCGGCGCGCAGGGCCCGGGCUCUGCAGGCGCUGGGGGCCGCGCUGCGCAGACUGAGCUGCACCUUCCGGAGCCCCGUGCUCUGUGUCAACCAGGUGACGGAGGCCGUGGAGGAACAGGACACAGCGCCUGGAGCCCCGGAGGAGCGCCUGGCUCCGGCCCUCGGCAUCACCUGGUCCAACCAGCUGCUCAUGAGGCUGGUGGCCGACCGGCAGCGCCCCGAGGAAGCCCCGCGGGGCCGCCCAGGCCGCACCCUGAGGGUGGUCUUCGCCCCCCACCUGCCUCCCUCCUCCUGCUCCUACACAGUCAGCGCCGAGGGCGUGCGAGGGACGCUGGGACCCAGUCCUGCUGACCAGGAAAGCCGCCGCCUCGGCCUCCCAGGGGCACCGGCUCCGGGUCAGCCCUCCUGAGGUCAGCCCGGGCCCCUGGGGCAGCGCCAUCCCCCCCCAGGAGCACCACCCACUGCAGGGCCACGAGGAGCAGUGCCCCCCGCCACAGGCUGCCCCAUUCCCAAGCGGGGGUUUGAAGGGUCUUUUACUUUAGUGUUGUCUCUGCCACCAGCCCCUACUGGGUCGGCCCAUCUGCCAGGAAAACCCGUUCUGGGCACAGGAGACUCCCUUAGAGGCAGGCCCUGCCCGUCCUGGGUGCAGGUGGGCCAGACAGGACCACAGAGGCCCAGCUCGUCGUCGUCGUAGCCGGGGCCUUGCUUCCCAUGAAAGCACCCCCUCUUCCCCCCGUCAGCACAGGUCCUGCCCCUCUGGGUGCAAGUCUGACCAGCUGGUGGUGGGACGCAGGGCCCAGGGGGCCGUGGCUGCCCAGUCCAAAGGCAUGGCCUCCAUCGGGGCAGAGCUGAGUGUGCCUCCACCUCGUCCGCUCCCUGCCCUGGUGCCUCACGCUGCCGGCAUGUGAGUGGGCACAGCUGGGCCCUGGGCCUGUCCCUGUGACUCGCUCUUGGCCAGACAGGCUCUGAGUGAGUGACCCUCACUCCCGCUCCCCAGCCCCCCACCCUGGAGGCGGCGCCUGUACCUCCUGAGAAAGGGGGCACCGAACAGCCGGGGUCCUGCCCCCCCCCCCCCCCCAGCAUCCCAACCCCGGCCGCUGCCGGCUCUGGGGGCCGAGGGAGCGGCCACCCUGGGAUGGGACCGCGCUGUUUGGGCACCUCUCUGUGGCAGGAUGACCCACUGUAAAUGUCAUCACGUUCCCUGCGUGUCCCGUGAGGCGGGGGCGGGUGUGGAAGGGAAGGCGCCCGCAUGAGGAGACCUUUCCACAGAGGUGCAGGGCCGCACAGCGGGAGCGAAGCUUUAUUUUUAUAAUGAAAUACAAACAAUUGCAAACGGU